AUGUCGCCCCCCGCAUCUCCUCCCUCCACUCCGCCUGCGCCGGCCGACUCGACCCCCCUCAACCCCCACCAGCGCUCCUUCUCGGUCUCCUCCCUCUCCCAGAAUGCCUACUACCAUCUCUACCACAGUCUGCCCUCGACCCCCAAGCUCAGCCUGCCCCUCCAUCGCACCUCGAUCGUCGACCAAGCCACCUCAACCCAUUCCCACCACCAAAUCAUCGCCAUCGCAGCCAAGAAACUCAUCGUUGUCUUCGCUUCAGUCCAUUCAGUCAUCAGUGCCGCAUCCCUCGCGCUAGCAUUGAUCAGGAGACGAAGAGCAACCAUAAGAGGUGAGAAGCGCUCCUUAUGGCAUGUGGUCAAGACGGUGUGGUCGGACGAGAAGAUCGCCAGGCUGGCCGCCUUCCUGGGCUCAUAUUCCGCACUCUGGACGCUCGCCUUCCCGGCGCUAUCCAAGCUCAGAAACCAGGCCGAGCCCGAUCCCUCCGUCGCCCCCGAUCAGAAACUCCAGCCACCCCUCGAUCGGCACCGCAUCCAGCUCGCGAGGUUCAUCGCCGACUGGGCCGCCGCAGUGGCGGGCGCGAUCGCCGGACUGGCCUUGCUUGCCCAGGCCAAACAGGAGCGCGUCAACUUGGCACCCAAUAUAUUCUGUCGAGGUUUAUAUACCUUACUGAAGUACAGACCAUUAUUCAAGUUCCCCCAUGGAGAUCUAAUCUUGUUUGGGCUCUCGAAUGCCCAGAUCAUGUCGGCAUUUGUGCUCAGGCCACAGACCUUACCAGCAUGGUACUGGCAAUGGAUCCGGCGCUCGGGAAGCUUAGACCUCAAGUUCCUCGAGCUCCACCGGCUCCUCAACACGCACAAGCUACGCGACAUGGCGCUCCCCAAGCAAGUCAUCGAUCUCACGCGGCCGCGGACGCGCGCUAACGAUCUGCGGCUCAGGAACUGGCUCAGCCAUCCCGAUCCGCUCGCCGCGCCUGCCGCCCCCUGCCACUUCAACCACUCAUCCUUCGACAGCUGUAUCCUCGGUAACGGCUCGCGCACUUGGGGCGCUUUCAAGUCCAUGGUCCCCACCUAUACCAUCUUACAUCUCGUCCCGGCCCUCUUGUUCAGAAGCAAAAUGUUCAUCAAAUCGCCGCUCUUAUUCCUGGUCUCGAUCGCAAGAAAGACGGCCUCCUCGGCCUUAUUCCUAGCCACCUUUGUCUGGAUCAUCCUCUUCUCAGUGUGUAUCCCCUCCCGUCUCUACGAAGCUUCACAUGGCUCGAUCAAGUUACGCGGUUCGGCGUGGAACGGGGUUGUUGGCUUUGCAACUGCGUUCUCAUUGCUAUGGGAGGAUCCUAGACGAAGAGGCGAACUAGCUUUAUACUGUGCUCCGAAGGCGUUAGCCUCGGUCUGGCAAGUGAUGAAGAUCAAAGGCCUCGUCAAGAGUCUGGCAUACGGCGAGAUGAUUCUGGCAAGCAUGGGCACGAGCAUGUUGAUGCACUGCUUUGUCCAUGCGCCCCAGAGCAUGCCCGCCCUGAUCAGAGGCACCUUAGGCCAACUCAUCGACCCCCAUUUCCCGGGAAGAUCCGCCGCCCUCAACCAUCCCAAGACAAAGCAGAUCCCUCUCCAUCCUUCCUCCUCCGAGUCCCCCCCAGGUGACGCUCCUCCUGGAAACCUGCCCAGAAACCUCUCGCAGACCCGUAAUGUCGAGAAGAUUAGUUACUUUGGCGUGCUUGAUAAAGAGGUCCAGAACGCGUGA